CAAGUAAAAAAAAAAGAAAAGGGGAUACGUAGAGAAAAAGGAGAGAAACAAAGAAGGUGAGAAGUAAGGGUCUUGGUGUUGGUGUGUGAACAUAGAGAAAAGGUGUUUCUAACGUACAUUGUAAUCCAUAGGUAUUGCACAUCACGCAACAGUGACCAACCUCCUUGUUUUUGUUCUCUCAGAGCACACAAGACCUCUCACUCUUUUAAAUUGAUCAGACGAAGGUGGAGAGAAUCCAAACGACGAUGGGUCUUGACAAGUGGCUAGCUUUGCUGUACCCAAGAGUGCAGGGAGGAAGGAGAGAAAAGGAGUGUUGCAGUGUGUGUUUGAUGAGAAUGGAGGACGAGGAUGCGAUCAAGUCCUUGCCUUGUUCACAUGAGUUUCAUAGUCUCUGCGUUGACACGUGGUUCGAUGUCAGCAGGAAGAUUUGCUGUCCACUCUGCCGGUUUUCACCAGCUACCAUCCUCCUGACCGAUGAACUGUUCCUCUGGUUCUCUUCUUUUCAUUUCUGAUUGUAUUCCUGCUUUUCUGGGGAUCAAACAAAACACCCUUUUCUCCUUGUAAUGCUGCUAUAAAGUCUCUUGUAGUACUAGUUUUUUUCUUUCCAAGGGGGAACGUAUAAGAAAGUUUGAUCCCCUUACUGUAAAAAGAUACCAAACAAAGCUUCUUAUACCAUGUUA